UGAAUAAACACACAGAAACGCCCUCUACAGUAAAAUAGUCAAUGGGUUUCUCAGAGGAAUAUGUCAUUUCCGGUGAAUGUGUGCGAUUCUUUCCGGGUUCUGUAGCAUCAUGGCAGCGCCCUUAGGUCUGCACCUGGAGUUUGGAGGAGGAGCUGAACUUCUGUUUGAUGGAGUAAAGAAUCAUCAUGUGACACUCCCUGACCAAUCAGAUCCCUGGGACAUGAAGCAGCUGCUGGCGUGGAUCCGAGGGAACAUGCUGAAGGAGCGCCCAGAGCUCUUUAUGCAGGGCGACACUGUUAGACCUGGGAUUCUCGUAUUGAUUAACGAUGCAGACUGGGAACUGAUGGGUGAACUGGAAUACCAGCUUCAGGACCAGGAUAACGUUGUCUUUAUCUCUACACUUCAUGGAGGCUAACUGACUCUAAAAGAAGCACCACACCCAUACAGAAGCCCCUCCACCAUUCAAAAGGUCAAAUAUCAGAUGAUCCAUUAACACACCAUAGGUGGCCGCUUUCAAUCCCAGCUGUGGCCUUUUCGACCAAUCCGGUGAAAAUUCUUAUUUUGGUUUUAAGUCCAAUAAAACGUAACAUCACCGGGAAUCUGGCUGCCGAGGGAUAUUCGCUGUCCUCUGUACCUUAUAGGAGCGUGGCGGGGUUACGAUGGGGAGCAAGGGCUCAUUAGGAAGGUCACUCUGUCUAGCCAGUGUCCAGAUGGAUUCUCUUGAGACAUGAUGGACCGGUUGCCCCAUGUCAAAUGGCUACGUUAUAAUUUUCAUUAAUUUUCUGGUUGAUGCCUUUAGAGUUGUCAGUUGUAUGUUUACUAUGUAAGUCAUUUUUUUUUUUUUUUUUUUUUUUAUCUGAACUAAUAAAUAUUUUGCAAGUAUUUCCACAAUAUUGUUUUAUUUGCACUUAUGUGAUUUUAAAUGUAGUGCAAUAAAGUAUUUAAAUAAAGAUAUUUCUGCAGUCCA